CACACACACUCCCCCUCUCUUCGACUAAUAAAUAAUUAUCCUUUUGUGUGAUGUGGCUUUGCUCCAAGGCCGUGUAGUUUAUGCGAGCUGCUUUCAGCAAAACAGUGCUCUUUCCAAAAUGGGAGAAAUUCAGAGGAUGUUUUCUGCAUUUACCAUUUAUACAUUCUGAGUAAUAAUGAAUAAAGGACAAGAACAAGUCAGUUGUGAUUAAAUCACUUACCGUCAUCUUUAAAACUUUUUUAUGAAAUAGCUAUUUAGUCAUGGUCAAACAUUUAUAUACGCUCAUGAAGAACGCAUCUUCACUUCCAAUGAUUUUUACAACUCAUACUACUUCAUCACAAAACAUAUUAAUAGAAUUUGGUUUAAUAAUGAAUUUAUUAUAGGUCUUCUGAAAAUGUGACCAAAUCUGCUGGGUCAAAAAUAUACAUACAGUACUUCUAAUAUUUGGUUCAAUCUCUCUUGGCCCUUUUCACCUCAGGUACUUUUGAUAUCCAUCCACAAGCUUCUGACAGGCCUCUGGCUUAAAAUUUUUAACCACCCAUCUUGACAGAAUUGUUAAAGUUCAACCAAAUUUGGUGGCUUUCAAUGUGGCUUAAGUCAGGACUUUGGGAAGGCCAUGCCCGAAACCUUAAUUCUAGCCUAUUUUAGCCAUUUAGCCUUUACUAGAUUUGAUGUGUGUCUGGGAUCAUUACCUUCUUGGAACUCCCAACUGCACCCAAGACUCCUCCGUCUUCGUCAUUCCAUUUACUUUCCUUUUAUUGCAGCAGAUCCACUGGCAGCAAAACAGGCCCGCAGCAUAACACUGCCGCCACCAUGAUUGACAGGUAUGGUGCUCUUGCGGUGAAGGGCCUCACCUUCUCCCCUCCAAACAUAUUGCUGCUCAUUGUGACCAAACAGCUUAGUUAUUUUUUUCAUCUGACCACAGAGUUUUCCUCCAGAAGGCUCUUUUCGUUGUUCAUGUCAUCAGCAGAAAACUUCAGUCGAGUUUUAAGGAGAGAGGGAGAGUUUCUGGAGAGAGGAGGCAGCUCAUCAUGAUCUAAAACACACUUGACUGUGGACACUGUUACCUGUCUUCCAGGAGCUUCUAAUUCACUGCUGACUUGCUGUUUGGUGGUUUUUGGUUGACUCUUGACCAUCCAGUUUGUGUUGAUCCUGGUACAGUGGAUCCUGGGACCUGUACAGUACCUGCUUUGAAAUGGCUCCAAGGGACUUUCCUGACUUAAUAGAAAUAUGUUCUAUCAGAUCAACACUGAGCUCCUUAGACUUCCCCAUUGUAGUGUUUGUGGCUGAGUCCAGUGGGCGUGGCAACCAAGCCCUAUUAAAAUGGGCCCAGAAAAGUCAUCAGCUGUCAUCAAUCAUCAUCACUCAGAAGAAGUCAAGAGGCAGCACUACAAAGAACAUCUGACUCAGAUUCCUAAAAUCACCAGAACUGAUUGUUCAAGUUGCUGUAUGUAUACAGUAUGUAGGUUAUAAUAAAUUCAUUAUCGGACCAAACUUCAUGGAUGUUUUUGUGAUAAAGUGGUUUGUGAUCCACUCAUUCCAUUACAGAGACACAGGAGCUGUAGAAAUCAUUGGAACUCAAGACCAUGAUAUACAUGUUCUUUACAAGUCUCUCGAAACCUUUGACCCUGAUCCUUCAAGAGCGUAUUGCUGAAGAAUAAAGACAUAACAAAACUGACAUUUCCGAUUGACUCACUUUUUUUUAAUGUUGCCUCAUCCCAGUGGUAACUUGUUUUGAAAGUGGGAUAUGUUUGAGAAAACAGAUGAAUCAGAGGCUUCAGAAAUUAUGAGGAAUGUCUGAGAGAGCGGCUCAGGUCAAAAGUGCACAGAUGGUAAAACAUUUCAGGUUAACCAUUUCUGAAAUGACAUUUUCUUUCGAUAAUCUUUCAAUGUGUGACUUUGGUUUAUUUGCACAUGUUCAGACAUCCAGAAUUCUUUGGCGCACACACUCAUAAAAAAUUGAAUAUCAAAGUUUGAAAAAUCUCUGAGCCGUGAAAAAAAAACAAAUUAAUUAUUGUAAACAUAGAAAAUCGACCAACUACUCUUUUAUUUUUGUAGCUAAUUAAUGCUUACAGUUCAUCCCUUACAGAAUAAUAAUAAAAAAAAACGCAUCUCUCUCCCUCUUACACAAACACUCAAUAUGAGCAACACUUGUGUUUAAACAAAGAUUGAAGAGCAACACCCGCUCAUGCAAAUGUGAUGUGAGUCAGAAAAUCUACUCAGAAGUAAAGUCUGCGCUGGCUGGGUCGAAGCAAAGGGAGUCAUCUUUUUCUUCUCAGCCUCCCUUGCUCCUCCCCCUGUCCAGUGAGUUAUGUAGUAUUUGAGCCUUCAGGAGAGUAGGGAAAGUCAGACGUUGUAGAGACACAGGGACAAGACGCUGUUACCCCACUGCAGACACUCAGGGAGCUCGAGACUUCGGGAUCCAGAUUUUCAUCACGUAUUAAUUUCUGUACAUUAUUCAGUGCAUGGACAUAUGGCUCCUGCAGUGUGCUGCGACCACUGACGUGUGUUUCUGCAGACUCGACGCGUAUUGUUUUUAAACUUUGAGAAGUUUUAUUACUCUGUGACUUUUAAGUUUCCCAGCUGUUCUGUUCUCUUUUACCGGAAUACCUUCACUUUUUUCUUGGACUGUCUCAAAACCGCCUUCACCAAUGCUGACCGAGCCGUAUGGAGCCAUGUCGAUGGGCUCAGAUGUUCGUGAUCUGACCCUCUUGACUCCAGCACCCCCUGUGCCAUCCUUACCAGGAGCCGGCGGUGGCUGUGGGAUGUCUGUCGGCGGUGGCCAGUGGACCCAACUGCUGGACCUCCACCCUGGGUCUCCUUACGGCUCCCUGCCCUCCCACCACUCCCUCAUCAAGCAGGAGCCAGGAUGGGGGACCACUGAGCCUAUCGAGGACCCUCACUGUGGACUCGGGGCCUUCACGGUACACUUCUCAGGCCAGUUCACAGGCUCAGGCCCCUGCAGGGUCGGGGCCUUCGGGGAGCCGACUGCAGGUCAACCGAGGAUGUUUCCCAAUGGGACUUACCUGCCCGGCUGUGUGGACAGUCCUCCUGCACCCAGGAACCAGGGCUAUGGAGCGGUGGGUCUAGACAGCAACCCCAGUUACGGUCACACUCCGUCUCACCACACCCCUCAGCUCUCCAGCCUGUCCUUCAAACACGAGGACACGCUGUCACCGCCAAACAACAUAGUUGACCAGCAGUACUCGGCUCCUCCUCCCAUGUUUGGCUGCCACAAUCCCUCCGAAUCCUGUCCCAGUAGCCAGGCUCUGCUGCUGAGAAACUACAACAGUGAUAACCUGUACCAAAUGGCAUCUCAGCUGGAUUGUGUGACCUGGAACCAAAUGAACACCCUGGCAUCCUCCAUGAAGAGCAGUGGCCAUUCAACCAGCUACGACAGUGACCCCACAGCCCCGCCUCCACCCGUGCUCGUGAGUGCCCAGUACCACAUACACACACACAGCAUCUUCAGAGGACUCCAGGAUGUUCGGCGGGUACCCGGUAUCGGGCCGCCGGUUGUGAGGUCAUCAGAGGCCAGCGAGAAGCGUCCAUUUGUCUGCGCCUAUCCGGGCUGCAGCAAGCGAUACUUCAAGCUGUCACACCUGCAGAUGCACGGCCGCAAACACACAGGAGAGAAGCCUUACCAGUGUGAUUUCACAGACUGCGGCCGCAGAUUCUCUCGCUCCGACCAGUUAAAGAGGCACCAGCGCCGACACACAGGAGUGAAGCCCUUCCAGUGCGAGACGUGCCAGAGAAAGUUUUCACGGUCAGACCAUCUUAAGACGCACACUCGGACUCAUACAGGUAAAACAAGUGAGAAGCCCUUUACCUGCCGCUGGUCCAACUGUCAGAAGAAGUUUGCUCGCUCUGACGAGCUGAUGCGCCACCACAGCAUGCACCAGAGGAACCUGACCAAGCUGCAGCCUGCCAUCUGAGCAGUGAGAGGAAGAGGAUGAAGAGGAGGGUGACAAUAUGCCGUGCCAGCUUUGUAGAAAAAAAACAAAAAAGAUGCUGGAGCCUGGUCAGCGGUUAUGGUGCCUUGCCAGACUCGCUGAAAGUGGUGAAGCCCAGCUGAUGCCUCCCCUCAGCCAGCCAACGUGGAGAGGCUCCGACGAUCCUCGAGAUCUUCUAGAUGCGCCUCAACGAGCACUCUGGUUAUCUGACAUUAAAACUCAGACUGAGAGGGUGCAAUACCACAGUAAAUCUGAGCCAAGAAGAUGUUUGUUUUUUUUUAUGUGAGAUGAGGAAAUUGUUGAUACACUAUUUUGGAUAUUUUAGUACACUUGCACUGGCUUCUUUUUUUAAAUUGUUAAAAUUGUGUCACUUUUUGAAAAUGUGCUGGACAGUGUAACUGGAUUUAGGAAAUGGACAAUGUGCCUUAUUUUCGGUCCAUUUACUUGAAUCUUAAAGGCACACUAUGUAGUUUUGGGGAAGAAGAAGCUGAUUUUCUUUUAUGCCUUAACAAACAAAAUAAACAAACUGUAUUUGUUUUCAUGACUGAAUAAACAUACUGACCUUUAAAGGACAAUACAAUUUCAUAUUGUUUUACUUAUUUGGCGGACCCUGCCACCUUUCGAGCUUCAAAACAGUGCUCUUGGGACCUUACUUUCCCCUGAGCUUUUUAAUUCAGUUGUAGAAAAACAAAAUGUUUCAGAGUUUGCAUUAUUACAUCAUUGAUAUUGAAAAAUAUUACAAUCCUGUGUUUGAAUUUAUUCUCCAAAACUGUGUAGUGCCCCUUUAAUAUUCUCACAAUUUACAUGAUAUUCGUUAAAUUGCUUUGUAUAUAUGUGGCACUUUUGCAUAUACAUUCCUUUUUGUAUUUUCUAUGUUUUUUUGUAAGUUUAUAAAAUGUUGAUUCACAA